AGUCAGUGGGUACAGGUUCCGUCGUCUUCGGCUAUUCACGUUCAAGCGCAAAGUUGCUUACAAUUCUUGCGGAGAUCUUGGUGUUCGCCUCCGCGUCUUGCAGAAGGCAGAUCUUCCCAUCGGCAGUCAGUGGAUGGAUAAACCUUACGGUCUACAUGGGAUAAACCUGUAACCUCCACCGGGAUGAAUGGUAGGCUAUUUCAUAUCGCUGAUGUUUCAUUACAAUAUUGUCCUGUAUUUGAAUGUGUUUAGAAACUUGCCAAAUUGACAUCUAAUUUUGAUUCAAUUUUGGGCUAUGACGCUUCUACCGGUGUUCCACUCCCGACAAAUCAUCGACAGACAGUCACAGGACAAGAUAAAAGGGGCAUUUUGUAAUAAAGGAUCCUGUCAAUCAUAAUCUUUUGGAUUUUCCUCCAUUAAUUUACCGCGCAAGAUGGAUGCCAGCGACGGGCUAUCAGAACACCACAUGAAUAAGUAUUCACCCAUUUGAACGCCACCUUAAAAGUGGGAAUAAAGAGGGGGACACGUCGAGACGGGGCUGCGGUCGGGAAAGGGAAUGAAGAAGCUCUCGGCAGGUGGAGGAGCGUCACUCUGCUGUCUGCUGCUCCUGUGGGUCAUCCACUCCCAUCGCCUGAGAGAGGGCCAGUUGGCUGUGGGCACCUGUGAGAUUGUGAUGCUCAACAGAGACAGCAGCGUGCCAAGAUGCACCAUUGCCCGUCAGACUGCCCGCUGUGCCUGCAGGAGAGGCCAGAUCGCUGGCACCACGAAGGCCAGGCCAGCCUGCGUCGACGUGCGUAUCGUAAGGAGUAGACAGUGGUGUGAGAUGGCACCCUGCUUGGAGGGAGAGAUGUGUGGCCUCCUCUUCAACCGCUCUGGUUGGACCUGUACCAAAGGAAGUGGCCACAUCAAGACAGUCACGCCUUUGCCUAAGGAACCAUCAUAAGGAGUUUAGAACACAGUGGGUAGGUUUUUUUGUGCCAAUCAUGGCAGAAGGGGAACAGAGAGCAAUCACCAGGCAAACACAUUUUGUGUCGAUUCGCCAAUUUUUUUCUCAAACCACUACACACCCCCACUCCAAAAAUCAGAGGAGCCCUACUAUGUGACAGUGCACAGAUGUCCGUACUAGCCAAUGAAAGCAACACACCACAGCAUCAUCACCGGGACCCACAUGCCACGUCACGGACUGAAAUACAAAACCUACUGUAUAUAGCCUGGGUUGUUUCAGCACGGCAAGCAGGAUAUCAUUGGGAGUCUAUGCAUGUGUGAGGAACCAAUCAUUUUUCUACCUAUCCCUAUGGAAAAAAAUCUGAAGGUGUGUGUGUGUGUGUGUGUGUGUGUGUGUGUGUGUGUGUGUGUGUGUGUGUGUGUGUGUGUGUGUGUGUACCUUGUGAUAUACAAUGGGAACAAGUUGACAUAACCUUGUUCUUAAGUGUGACACAUCCAGUAUUGUACUUCUGUUGAGAACUUUGUCACUUUUACCUGAAGCUCACUUUCUUGCAAACUUGUAUAAUCAUGUUUUAGGGGAUGAUCAUGGAUUUAAAGCAUCAUUAUAACAGAAUCAUAUCUUUUCAAUACAUAAAUAUAAAUAGAAAGAUCUAUGUCACAUAAGUUAAAAACAGUAAGUAUGUCCGUCAAUGUGUAGUAUCAAUUAAUUAUUUCAAAGUUAUGGUUUGAAUUGCCUAUGUUUUAAUAUGAAGCACAUUGCAAGUGGCAUACCUCCAUAUACGACAUCAAAGUGCUGUUGUUUAUAUUGGAUAUAAUGUGUACAUUCACUGUGUAUACUGUUCCGUGAACAUUGUCAACUUGAAUUUAUGUUACAAGAAUAUAAGAGAGCAUCACAGAAAGAGUGAGAUCAUAAGGAUAUUGGAAACAUAUCACCCGAAAUGUAGUUAUUUUCCUUCGAAACACAUGAGGAUAAAAAGGCAGCCUCUCAUCCCUGGGGCUAAUGUGUGUGUGUGUGUGUGUGUGUAUUUGUGAAUGUAGUCAUGUGUGCUUGAUGCUUGAUUCACAGUGACAACGUUUACAUGUGCACAGUAUUCCAGAUAGUAGCUCAUAUCCCAGUUUAGGUCUUAUUCAGGAUAAGAUGUUUACAUGCACCUUUGAUAUCCCGCUCACGAGUAUCCCUUUAUCCACGAAUAAACUAAAUAUUCCAAAUUUGCCCGUGGACGGCGGAAUGUUUUUUUUGACAGGGGCUGCGAGAUAUUUUGUUGUUGCCUCACUCAGAUAAAAAUAAAUAAU